AUGGCGACGACGAUCGCUUCGCGCGCCGUCGCGGCGACGACGCCCCGCGCGCGCGCGCGCGCGCGAACGAAUCCCCGCGCGUCGUCCACCUCGCGUCGGACCCGCGCGAUCGCCGACGCCAACGCCGAGGCGACGGCCGAGGACGCGCGCGAGCUCGCGGCGUGGUUAUCCUACGACAAGGGCGUGGACGCGAGCGGAUUAGUGUUCAAAGAGGGCGCGAGAGGCGAGGUGGAGGUGGCCCUGCGCGGAGACGUCGACGCCGGGGCGCGCGUGCUCGCGGUGCCGCAAGACUGCGCGGUGACGUCCGUGGACGUCGACGCGCACCCGAUCGUCAGCGGAUUGGCCAAGGGGCGACCAGAGCUCGUCGGGUUGGCGCUGUGGUUGUGCGCGGAGCGCAUCAAGGGUGGAGCGAGCGAUUGGGCGCCGUACGUGAAGACGCUCGCGGCGAAUCCAGACGCGCCGUUGUUUUGGACCGAGGCGGAAGAUUUCGCGCUGUUGAAGGGGUCGCCGAUCGUGAAUGAUGCGGUAGAACGCUCGAGGAGCGCGAGGGAGGAAUAUGCGGCUAUCGUGGAGGUCAUUAAGGGUGAUCCCACGGCGUUUCCCGCGGAGGCGUACGAGUUUUUCACCGAGGAGCGCUUCGUGGACGCGCUGGCGACGGUGUGCGCCAAGGCGACUUGGUUACCCACGGCAUCGUGCUAUGCGUUGGUGCCUUUGUUAGACGUCAUCACGAUUGCUGGAUCUCCGGUGCCGGGCGUUUCACCGCCCUCGGCGAAGGAUGGAAUCGCGCGGUGCGCUGCGGAUUACGACGUCGACAGCGCGUGCGUGGUUUUAUCCGCCGUCGUCAAGGCGCCGGCGAACUCGCGAGUCGUACAGUUGGAUCCGUUGCAAAGGAACAACGGUGAGCUGUUCUUGAACACUGGUCGCGUUGAUCAGAAGCAUCCAGGGGAUUAUUUGUACAUGCGGACCGAGAUUCAGCCCUCCGAUCGCUUAUUUUCGGCGAAGAAGCAAGUCCUCGAGGGUAUGGGUUUCACCGCCGAAAACCAGUACUUUCCGGUGUAUGAAGAUCGUAUGCCGACCCAGUUGUACUCUUAUCUUCGUUUUGCCCGCGUUCAAGAUCCCGGUGAGAUGAUGGCGGUGUCGUUUGAGGAGGAUAAAAUCGUUUCGGUGAUGAACGAAUACGAAAUUCUUCAGCUUCUCAUGGGCGAUUGUCGAGAGUUAAUGUCUGAAUACGACACGAAUGAGGAAGACGAGCUGAACCUGUUGAAGCUCUCGGACACGAUGCGCGUGCGAGAGAUCGAGGCGGCCAAGCUUAGAAUGUCCGAGAAGAAGCUCAUCGGUUGCACGAUGACGGCGGUUCGCAAGCGCUUGGCGCCGAUUCGUGGCAUCCCAACCAAGCAAGGCAUGGAAGACCCGAACCAGGAUCUUUUAGACAUUUUCAACGCGAUCGAGAGCAUUCCAAAUAAGCCAAAGGAAAUGAUGGAAGACUUCAAGAAGUGGGCGCGUGGGGACUACGAAGACAUCCCCAAAGGCGGGGGUGGCUGCGGGUAG